GAAAAACUUCAGGAGACAACAACCUUCUUUCAAUUCAGUCCAAACCUUUAGAUCCUUCUAUUUCACAAUGAAAAUGUCAUUAUGCUAGAGCAAGCCUUAGAUAUGAUAUUAUCAUGGGGAAAGAAGACACAUCCACAAUGGAAGGAGGAAGUGAUAUUUCAAGCAUGGUGCAGACUCUGUUGACCUUAAAGUCUAUCAAUCCAGCUCAUUUUCUAAGCUUAGUGCCAGCUUCAAUGGUGGAUCCCUUAGUUUUGACAGAUCUAUGCAACAUGCAAAAACUAGGAUCCAUUUUUGAAAGAGUAGACAUAAAAGGGAAACUGGCCUUUACUCAACCCUUGAAGUUCACAACUCAAGCAUGGGAGGAGCAUCUUCAAGUUUUCGUAAUGAUGGGCAAAAUGGAGAAGAUCCAUGUUAUUGUCAAGACCUCAAUCUCGCUCAAGAUCAAGAUGUUAUCUUGGAAUUGCUGUGGGGCGGCUAAAAUGGAAUUUCAAAGAAGAGUUAUGGAUUUAAAGAGGCAGCACUCUCCAUUUAUCAUGCUUAUCUUGGAAGCAAAGCUAGCUGGUUUGGUUGCGAGGGAGGUAGCCAUUAAGUGUGGUUUUUCCUAUUGUAAUGUGGUUGAUUCCGAAGGAAGAGCUGAAGGUCUUUGGCUAUUAUGGAAUGAUGAGGAUGUCUACAUCAAUGUGGUGACUUCUACAUAUCAGGCCAUUCAUGCUAUCGUGAAGGGGGAUAUUCACUUGAGUUAAUAUGAGGGAGAACAAUCAAAUCAUUAGAGAGCGGAUUGACAAGGUAUGGGCCAAUCUUGAUUGGCUUCUCCAAUUCCCAAUGUUAUUUUGUCCCAUUUGCCUCGUGUUAGUUCUGAUCAUAUUCCGCUCUUCCAGUUUGAUAAUUAUGGUUAGAGCAUCCACAAUUUCAAGACUUGAUAUCUCCUAUUUGGUCUAAUCUUAGCUUUUGUACUGCUCGUUGCAUAAAAAAUGCUCAGUCUU